GGCGGGGCUAGGCGAGAAAGCUUUGUGGUCUGUUCUCCAGAAGGAAGCAGGAGCGCUUGCGUGAACUGCAGCGCUGUUGGUUAGUGACCUCGGGUGUAGGCGACCAUCGGCACAGGGCGGUGGGUGCGCUUGACGUCCGGGCCUUCCCGCGCCUCGUCUGGGGAAACUUGCUGCGCGAGGCCAGGGCGCCAAAACUCGUCCCACCGUCCCUAACUGGCUUUUACAUCCGGGUUUCCUCUCCCCCCCUCCCCCCACUUUGGGCGUGUGGGCCAAUGGGAGUCGCCAUUUAGGAUGCUCCACCUUCUGGGUUGCGUAGAGCAUCCUGGGGCUCGUAGUAAACCUCUCGAGAUUUCCCUCGGCACGCGCGCGGGGGAAGAGGGGCCUUACGCACGCUUUGUUGCCCGAGCGGUGCCUCCGUUCUCUCCCCCGCGGUCCCGUCUUACCUGCCUUCCUCUUGGAGGGGAGAUCUUUGAGCAGCCCUUUAAGCCAGGUUGGGACAAAGGAUUUGGAGAAACCUAGGGCUAAAGUCACCUUUUUCCUUUUUUAAGCCCUACCUCGGCACUUCGCUCCAUGGCGGUUCCUGAGACCCGCCCCAACCACACUAUUUAUAUCAACAACCUCAAUGAGAAGAUCAAGAAGGAUGAGCUGAAGAAGUCCCUGUAUGCCAUCUUCUCUCAGUUUGGCCAGAUCCUGGAUAUCCUGGUGUCACGGAGCCUGAAGAUGAGGGGCCAGGCUUUUGUCAUCUUCAAGGAGGUCAGCAGUGCCACCAAUGCCCUACGCUCCAUGCAGGGUUUCCCCUUUUACGACAAGCCCAUGCGCAUCCAGUAUGCCAAGACUGACUCGGAUAUCAUUGCCAAGAUGAAGGGCACCUUCGUGGAACGGGACCGCAAGCGGGAGAAGAGGAAGCCCAAGAGCCAGGAGACCCCGGCUGCCAAGAAGGCUGUGCAGGGUGGGGCAGCUGCCCCUGUGGUCGGGGCCGUCCAGGGGCCUGUCCCGGGCAUGCCUCCGAUGACCCAGGCACCCCGUAUCAUGCACCACAUGCCGGGCCAGCCGCCUUACAUGCCGCCCCCUGGCAUGAUCCCGCCGCCAGGCCUCGCACCUGGCCAGAUGCCACCAGGGGCCAUGCCUCCGCAGCAGCUUAUGCCUGGGCAGAUGCCACCUGCCCAGCCUCUUUCCGAGAAUCCACCAAAUCACAUCUUGUUCCUCACCAACCUGCCAGAGGAGACCAACGAGCUCAUGCUGUCCAUGCUUUUCAACCAGUUCCCUGGCUUCAAGGAGGUCCGUCUGGUUCCCGGGCGGCACGAUAUCGCCUUUGUGGAGUUUGACAAUGAGGUGCAGGCAGGGGCAGCUCGAGAUGCCCUGCAGGGCUUUAAGAUCACCCAGAACAACGCCAUGAAGAUCUCAUUUGCCAAGAAAUAGCACCUUUUCCCCAUGCCUGCCCCUGCCCCCAUUCUGGGGCCACCCCUUUCCCCCUUGGCUCAGCCCCCUGAAGGUAAGUCCCCCUUUGGGGGCCUUCUCAGAGCCGUGUGUGAGUGAGUGGUCGCCACACAGCAUUGUACCCAGAGUCUGUCCCCAGACAUUGCACCUGGCGCUGUUAGGCUGGAAUUAAAGUGGUUUUUUGAGGUUUGGUUUUUCACAA